AAUCUGGUUUUGGUGUGUUGAAAUUGAUAGAAUUGUGAUUUCUAAAUCAGUUGGGAAACACCUCCUGUAUUAGAUUUAGAUCAGCCAAGCCCCAAAAAAAUCAUCACUAGAGAUGUACAGAUACCAUUUUCCUUUCUGAUAUUAGUUCCAGAGCUAUGUGUGGGUUUAAGCUGACUUCAAGCUGAGUUUUUUUCUUUAUUACUUCAGUUGCCUCCAUUUAAAGGUCAUGAAAACACAAUGUAAACCCAAUAGAGACACAAAGCAAAUGCAGUUUUCACUGAGCACUCGCUCCACGUCUUAGAUUUAAAGACUCUUGUAUCGUCGCUCUGCUCGCUGUGAAUGUGACACUAGCUCCGCUUGUUUUGUUCUUUGACAGUGAACAUAGAUAGGGCCUCUUGGAUCACUUCCUUUGGAAACCACACACGCACACACGCAGACACGCAGACAUAAAAGAUGUGAUCUAGCUGCUGCGACAGGAAAUAACCCUGAUAAUGGAAAGUGGCUGUUCUUUUCAGCUGAACAUGAUGAGGAUGGUGGUAAAGAUGGCUGCCUUCCCCAGCAUCGCCGUGCUCCUGCUCUGCUGCUCCUCCGUCGCCUCCACAGAUUCUUGUGACGUCUAUGCUGAAACAAAUAAGGACGUCAUUGUGCCGCUGGGAAUUCCACCGGAGGAGAAGGGACAGUUGCAAUGGAAGCUAAAUGAACAAAUAGUCUUCCAUCGCAGACCAGGAAAGCUGAUCAUAGGGAGUGAUGGGGAUGUUACGGCAGACGGAUCCCUGAAGCUGACAAAAGUGUCUAAAGACAAAGCAGGAACUUACACCCCCGGGGUUUUUAGUGCUGAUGGGAAAUUAGUUGGAGGGCUGAAGAACAUAAAGUUAUGUGUGAUCGACCCGGUCCCGCAGCCUAAACUGAAGAUUGAUUGUAAAAAGAAACCAGUCAUGUUUACCUGCGACGUUCCUAAGGGGACCAACGAUCUCACCUUUGCAUGGGUUCAGGAUGGCAAGCCAUUGAAAGACAAAAAAGGUUCGACUCUGUUGCUGCAGGAAGACAAAGUCUUGCAAAUGACUACCUUAAGUUGCAACGUUUCCAACAAAGUCAGCACUCUAGCCUCUGAAACUCAGACACAGAUCUGCCACAAGCCUGGUUUCGUUUUCCCAAAAGAAAUAUUUGGAAUUAGUGUGUGGUAUUAUGUUGGCGGUGGAGGAGGCGUCGUUCUGCUGCUGAUCAUCCUCGUCGUUAUUUGCUGCAUUCGAAUGAGACGGAAAAAGACCAUGCAGGUGAAAGAUGAGGAGGAGCUGCGUUUGGGGUGGACCAAUCCUAACCAGCAGCACCAUCAUCACCAGCACGGCCCCGCCCCCAGUCAACACCAUCACCACCACCAUCACCAGCAGCAGCCGGCCGGCCACACCGGGCCUCGCCAGCAUCGCACCAAACAGCCGCGCGGCCAGCAGCGGCCCAGCAGAGACCCCGCCCACCCCAACGGUCAGCCUCAGCCCAGCCCGAGGAGGGCUGCGCAGGUCCCCAAGCCAGCUGAUACGACCGACGACGAGAAGCCGCCUCCUCUUCCUCAGCCCAGGAAGAAGGCUCCCAAAACAGCCCGAGUGUGACACCAGGUUGCACUUCUCUGCUGAUGUUUCUGUUUUACUGGGGACGAAGACUUCACGACUAGGUCGUCUUUUUUUCCCACACGAUUUCAAACGAUCAUCUCAUUAAUCCAGUCAAAUUACAUUCAAUGUGGUGGCGAGAAUUGUACCUUGUAUAAAAUUCACUGUCAGACUCUGAAGUAUCAGAGUCGGAGAGACUAAUAAGGCCAUUAUUGCAAAAAUAAUGAGACAUGAAGAUCCUCAUUUCAAACAUUAUUGAGCGUGUUCUUUUGUGAUUUCUCUCUCUGUAGUUUUGAUGUUGUCAUAUAUAAGUUAUCUUAUAUAGUGUAAAUAUGUUAUAUGAACUUUCAUCGCAGUAGAUGACUCAAACUCAACCCUCCAGAAUGACUUUAUCCAGUCAAAAUGGUGAGCAAUGGUGAAGACCACGAGAUUCCAGGAAGCUGAAGGUUCACUGCUAUUAUAAGAUCAAUAUGUUGAUAUUUAGUUGUAUUACCGUUGUAUGUGAUUAUGUCUAAGUUUUGUUUUCUUUCUCAUACUUUAAUUUGUAUAAGUACACAACAUUACUUUGCUUUCUUGCCCACAGUUAUGAAAGGAUUGUACCACCCUCAUGAUGUACGCUGAGUGUGAAGCUUGCGUCUCAUAUGGACCGUUACACAACCAGUUCAAAGUUAAUUCACUGUGAAUGGAUGAACAAACUAAUAAUAAAGACAAAAUGAAAAAAACAACA